UGCGGCUCGGGGAAGGCGCGAGUCCCCGCGGGACAGGCGCGAGGUGCUGAGCGGCUAAAGCGCGAGGCGCGCGCCGGGCCAGGGGCGCGCGCCGAGCAGCCGCGUGGCCGGGCGGCCGGCCGGGAAGCGGCGCGCGCGCGCCCCACGAGCCCCUGGCGCGCCCCCGGCGGCCGGGGCCGCAGCGUGCUCGCCCCCGCCGCCAGCUCGCCUCACUUAUGGGUCGGAAGCGCUGCGUGGGGGAGACUGUUCCAAGAUGGCGGCGGGUUGCUGCGGGGUGAAGAAGCAGAAACUGUCCAGUUCGCCCCCCUCUGGCUCGGGUGGCGGUGGUGGCGCCUCCUCCUCCUCCCACUGCAGCGGAGAGAGCCAGUGCCGAGCUGGGGAGCUGGGACUAGGAGGCGCCGGCACGCGGCUCAACGGGCUGGGAGGUCUAGCCGGAGGAGGUAGCGGCAGUGGCUGUACCCUCUCUCCCCCCCAGGGCUGCGGCGGCGGCGGCGGGGGGAUUUCCCUGUCGCCACCUCCGAGCUGCGGAGUGGGGACCCUACUUUCUACCCCGGCCGCCGCCACCGCUUCCUCGCCCUCCUUGUCGUCCGCCGCCUCGUCCUCAUCGCCCGGCUCCCGGAAGAUGGUGGUGUCAGCGGAGAUGUGCUGCUUUUGCUUCGAUGUGCUCUACUGUCACCUGUACGGAUACCAGCAGCCCCGGACCCCCCGGUUCACCAACGAGCCCUACCCACUGUUUGUAACAUGGAAGAUCGGUCGAGACAAAAGAUUGCGUGGAUGCAUAGGUACUUUUUCUGCCAUGAAUUUGCAUUCAGGACUCAGGGAGUACACACUUACCAGCCCUAGAUCUAGAAGUCUUCCCCCAAAUUUCUACUGGUCUGGUUUUUAUUCUUCUCAAAAUGCCCUUAAAGAUAGCCGUUUUCCCCCAAUGACAAGGGAUGAGUUACCACGGCUGUUCUGCUCAGUGUCUCUGCUCACUAACUUUGAAGAUGUCUGUGAUUAUUUGGACUGGGAGGUGGGUGUACAUGGCAUUAGAAUAGAAUUCAUCAAUGAAAAAGGAUCAAAACGCACCGCCACCUACCUACCGGAGGUUGCAAAGGAGCAAGGAUGGGACCAUAUUCAGACCAUAGACUCCUUGCUGAGGAAAGGAGGCUACAAAGCUCCGAUUACUAAUGAAUUCAGGAAAACCAUAAAACUGACCAGGUACCGUAGUGAAAAGAUGACCCUGAGCUAUGCUGAAUACCUUGCUCACCGCCAGCAUCAUCAUUUCCAAAAUGGCAUUGGGCAUCCCCUUCCGCCAUACAACCAUUAUUCCUGACAAUGAGCCGCACAACCAGUCACUGGGCCUCUCUGCAGACCUCUUCCCAGGAGACCCUACCCCUUCUUGGUCUAGCUAUCUCUUUUACUGUACCAUUUUAUGAUGAUAGUUUCCGUUGCCAUGAUGAAGCUUGGACAUUGUCUGUUAAGAUCAUCAUGGUAACGGGUAGGAAAAUGGCAUUUGUUAAGAAGAUUCUGUUUUAUUAUUUUAGGUCAUUGAUUUUUUUUUUUUUUUUUGCAGCAUAUGUAACUUCUGGGGUUUUCUUUCCUCACAAUAUUGCGUAGGAUUUUGCUUUGCUCUCUCAAUCAGGUUUCUGUCUUUCUGUCCUUCUUGCCUUCCUCCCUGUCAUCUCUCCUUCCUCCCUUCUGUCUUCUCUUCCCUCCUUCUUUCAACUGUGGAUGGAAGAAAUUGUGCAGUUUUUAAGGAUUUUAUUUAGGUUUUUCUUUAGUUUUCUUCAGUGAGAUAGAUAAUUUUUGAUAGCUGAGUUUGGGAGCAAUUCAUAUCAAAUUCAGGUAUUUGUAUAUGACUCUGGAAUUUGCCUAAAAUUCAUUUUGCUAUGAGAGCUUAGUGUGUGGAUCUUCACUCCUUAGGUGUGUGUUUUUCCCAUGGUUGAAAUAUAUGAACUUUAGUUCUAGUAUAGAACAUUCGAAAGUCCAUGAUAGGGCUUGUCACAGAGCGUGAGAAACCAUUUAUGCCUAUUUUGAUGGUUAUCAUGGAAGAGAUGGCCUCAUCACUUUAUAAAAUCAACUUACAAACAAAACUACAACACUGUUUUAAGAAAGUGCAAGCUACCUUUCAAAUAUGCUACAGAAAUCAUUUUGAAGAGCAACAAAUAUCAGGAAGAGAGCAGAUACAGAAUUUAGUGCCUUUGAGAAGAAUUUACUUAAAUGGAAAGGAGAGAAGUUGGGGUGGGGAAGGCAAUUUAGAGAAAUAUUCUUCUAAAAUUUUAUUGUUUCUAUAUGUGAAACAGCAGAUGAGACAAAUUCCUUACUCUUAAGUAUUUUUUUAAGGUGAAAAAAAAUUUAUUUUGAGCAAUUAACCAAAAAGAGACAUUUGUCUAUGAUAUAUUAAUUUAAAUUCGUUAGCUUUAGGUUUCAAGAAGUCAUGAUUGGCCAGAGGCAAUUCUAGCUACUAUUUAAAGAAAAUAGUAAAGAGAAUCUAGUGAAACAAAAGUUCAUAUAUUGCCAUGAUUUCAGAUUAUGUUUGUCCUGGGGACAAUACUGGAGUCUUUCUGCACUACAUACUUCUGAUAGAAACACCUUGACUGUGUUGGUAAGAUGUUAUGUCACACCUAUAAAAAUGGCAUUUAGAGAUGAUACAGUCGUCAGAGCCCAGCCCGUUGGCCAGGCUGGUCUUCUUCCCCUGGUGCAUACAAAGAGAACUUCCUACCAUCAGUAGGAAGUCCGUGUGGACAUCCCCAGGAAAAAUGACAGAUGAUUCUGGAGAAAGAUUACCUUCACUUUACUAUAAUAACUGUGUGUGUGUGUGUGUGUGUGUGUGUGUGCGCGCGCGCGCGCAUG